AUGAGAGUUACAAGAGUAUUGAGACAAUCUAAGGAACUUUUAGUCAGAGCCACCUCCGGAUAUCCAACUGGUUUAACUGGUUUAUACCAACAUCCAAACCCAAGACCAGUUUUAAUUGAAUUAUAUAACCAAACAUUAGACUUUGUCGGAAAGAACUUCCCAAAAGAAUCAGUAUAUAGACAAUCGGUGGAAGCUUUGACUAAGAACCGAUUAAAGGCUGUUGAAGAAAAUGAAAUUACUGAAAAGAUAGAAAAUGAAAUUGGUAGUGGUUUGAUUGAAGAAGUUGUUAUUCAAGCUCAUGAUGAACUUGUUUUGGCUCGUGAAUUAUCAGGAUUGAAAUGUUGGGAAGAAUUGGAAGAAAAACCAUUGGAUGACCAAUGGGUUUACUUUGGUAAGAAGAUUUAA